UUCACCUUUUAUUUUUGGAAGCGUCACGAUUUGUCAUUCGCGGAUCUCGCGCUGAUGCGGUAGCGGUGUUUGUCCCGCGCGUCGAAACCGACGAGCAACGAUGAUUACGACGAUGUUGAAGAGCGACGACUCGACGUUGCUGACGAACGGCAACGGUAACCUCGUCGAAGACAUUCGGAAAGACAAACCGGCGAGAUUUUGGACGAUGAUCCGUCUAAACGAGUGGACCUUCAGCCUGUCACUCCUAGCCCUGUCGCUCUCCAUCGUCCUAGGAAAAUUGAUCGCUAAUUACGGAAAGUGUUUGUCAUGGGAAAUCGGCGAUCGAUACUCGUUAUCGCCAAUAACAACGUUCGCUCAAGUGUACAAUACGAUACCAAAUAUGUCCGUUUUACCGAAAUUCGACAUAAAACGAUUCCCAGCGGACAGCGAGAGAUUCUUCAACACCAGUCAUCAAUAUGCGGAAGCAGCUAGUAACAUGCUCGUCGCUUUUUACGAAAAAUACGAUUGGCUGCUGAAAGCGGCGAUGAGUGGACUUAUGAUAACAAGUUUCACUUGGUUCAUCCUUUACAAGGACAGCAGCAUCCCCGGUAUCAAUCCACCGGCUCCCUUUAGUCCUUCCAGACAGAGGAUAUACAAGGAGUCAAGGAUACAGAUAAACUAUUUCGUUGGGGCAUUAAAUGGAAUAUUAUUUUUUAUCUACAUGUGUCUUUAAUACAUGAUGGAAAUGUCACUAAUUUUGGGAAGAAGGUCCUAUUUUUUGGUCUACUUAAUAUUAUUUGAUCUGAAUUAUUUAUUACUUAUUUAUUGAAAACAAUUUAUUUAUUGGUGACUCAUAUUUACAAUAUAUGGAAGAUUAUGGAUCUAUGAAAGAAUAGAUACCAACAAUAGGGAGCCUUAGUGUCUUGUGUAAUAUUUAUUAACAUAUUGUAACAUUACGUUAUAAUAAUGUUGUAGAAAAUAAUCUUUCCAUUUGAACACAAAUGAAAAAUGGAAAGUAGAUAGAAAAGCAUCAGCAUUUUCGAAAUAUGAAGAAUUUAUACUAAAUAAUUUACUAAUAUACAAAGAUAACCUCGAUUGCUAAUAAUUUUCCCCUAAUAAUUGCACUAAUGAUAUAAUUGUGUAAAAAGUAUUGAAUCAGCUGCAAUUGCAUGAUUUACAUAUAACAACCAAAAAUAUCAAAGUACAAAACAGUCCAUUGUUCCAUACUUCCAAAUUUUAAACAGUUACUAUGUUAAGACUGAUUGAUUAUCUAAUAAAGUAGUAAUAUUUAUUGAUAAGCUAGUUAUAAGUGUUAUCAAAUAAAAUUGUAUGCAGGAUAUAUAUUUUAUGCAUGCUUAAAGAUAACACAUUUUGUCAUUUUGAAUAGUGAUAUUUUAUAUUUAAUACAUUUAAUAUGCAUUGUUCUUUUGUGACGUUUUCAUGUUUCUUUAAAAUAUAGUUGGAAUCUCUCAUCAGGUAGCUAUAAGAAUGUCACACGAAAUGGUGCAACGAAAAAUGUGCUGCUUAGGUUACAUUAAGAUGUAUUUAUACAUUAAUUUUUUUUUAUAAAUAUUAAAAACUGCAGACUUACACAUUGCAGCUUUGACAUUGCACAUGUGAAGCUUGAAGCUAUAACUUCUAACUAUUAAUAAAGCUUUGUCUCCCUUCCACCUAUUAAUAAGUAUUACAAACGUUUACUAAAAAAUUAUUUUUUAAAUUAAUAUUGAUAAGAAAAGUUAAAAGUAUUUUUUUAAUAUAAUAUAAGCUACGCCUUAUAAGCUCCUGUGACUGUGAAUAUCACCAGACAUGCAAAACUACAUUGUACAAAAAUUCUCUAUAAAAUAAAAUAAAUAUGUAAAUUAUCUAUA